GCUAUAGUCUGUAUUCGAACGGGCUGGGUAGGCAUUUGUGGGGUGGGUGGGUGAAAUUGGUGAAAUCCUUAAGUACACCUAGUCAACAACAACUUAAACAGUACUAAACUCCCAGCUGGUCUAUCCACUACAACGGAAAUAGUAAAGUUUUCAAUAAUACUGGGACGAAUAGUGAUCACGGGUUUCCUCAUUUUCCCGAAUUUGGAGAAGAGGCUUGCAAAGCUAAGUGUGGGGUUUCGCCAGAAAAGUAUGUCCAAAGGAACAUCCAUUAAAGACGCCUUGAAGCAAUGGGAAGAGAAGACGGGGCAAAAGGCCUCUGAAGCCACCGAAAUAAAGCUGAUUGGCAUAUUUCCUUCCAUCGAAAAGAUGGAUAGUGCUCUAAACCAGCUAGCUCUCUGCGAAAAGCUCUCAUUGUCAACAAACGCCAUCGACAAGAUAACCAACCUCAACGCACUGAAAAACCUACGGAUCCUCUCCCUCGGCAGGAACAACAUAAAAACCUUCGCCGGCCUGGAGGCCGUGGGAGACACUCUCGAACAGCUGUGGAUCUCGUACAACAACAUCGAACGCAUGAAAGGCGUCAACGUUCUGCGCAAGCUCAGUGUCCUGUACAUGUCCAACAACGUCGUCAAGGACUGGACCGAGUUCGUCAGGCUCAACGACCUGCCGAACCUGGUCGACCUCGUGUUCGUCGGCAAUCCCCUGGAAGAGCGCUACGCGGAGGCCGGCACGUGGAUUGCCGAAGCCGUCAAACGCCUUCCCAACAUCAAGCGACUGGACGGUACACCGAUUGUUCACUAGCCAUCCACCGGAGGCGCCGCGGCCGCACGAGUCACGCGCCCAACCGCGUUCGCGGAAGAGAAAUGAAGCAGUUUAGGCCAGGACCUAUUUCCCCGGACACUUCACUGACAAAGCGCAGGGCAAGAAUACAUGAAGCGCCAAAAUGAGCUGUCAGGCAAGGGCUGCGGCGAACUCGGAGGUUUUGUGAGGCGUCGGAGGCAAAAAGUAUGGGCCCUCACCUUUGAAAGAUGCCUUAUUUGGCACAGCCAUUAACGUUGGUCAUUGCGUGGUUAGCAUAAAGCCAACGUAACCUUUUACCUAACCUUUGUGUUUGAGGGUGGGGUGGGAACGAAUGGCGGCUUAUUACCGGACCUGGAGGCAAGACCAGCAACGACCAGACGGUCUACCACCAUAUUCCAUGUCUCUGUACGCAUAAAAAGCGAACUCAACUGCCUAACCAGUGAUGUGGUGGUUCUUGUCCUCCAAUUUCUUUGGAAAAUACAUUUUCUAUCGGAAUUAGACACAAACUUAGUUUAGUUCCACAUUUAUCAAUUUGGGAGCACCAUUGUGAUACACAAUGACUUGUUUGGCGACCGCAG